AUGAGCAAUUAUCCUGGACAAAAUGAACGAGGUAAUAAAUCAUCAUAUCGUGGAUUUUUGGAUAAUAGCAGUGAUAUUAUUACUACUACAAUAUCAUCUGCAGAUACAGUUAAAAAUCUUGAUGCUAUUUGGUUUCGUCACUUUCUAAAGGAGGCAAAAUCUCUAUUCAAUCAGGAAACUUAUGUUGAAAUAAGAAAUAGGGUAAAUGAAGAACACUUUCGUUGUAUGAAGUUUCUGCAAAAUUUCUGGCAAAGGAUUAUUAAGGAAUAUAAAAAAGAAAAUUUAGCCUCUGCUAUUACAUUAAAUAGGACAUCUGAUAUAAAAUCAUCUGAAAUUUCUCAACCAGAUAUUAAGGAAUAUAAAAAAGAAAACUUAGCCCCUUCUGUUACAUCUCACUUAAAUAAGAUAUCUGGUAUAAAAUCAUCUGAAAUUUUACAAUCAGAUAGGAUUAUUAAGGAACAUAAAAAAGAAAAUUUGGCCCCUGAUGUUACAUCUCACUUAAAUAAAACAUCUGAUAUAAAAUCAUCUGAAAUUUCUCAAUCAGAUUCUAUAAAAAAGGGAGAGCUAAAAAGAGUAAGAGAUGAUAAUACUGAUACAGAAAGUUUAUCCAAUGAACACUGGAAGAAACAAAGCCAAAUUCUAAAGCAAAACAAGAAUAAUUCAGCAUAUAUCCAAGUUGUAGAUAAUGCACUUCUUGUUGCUUCAGCAUAUGAAAGUCUUAUUGCAGAUAAUAUCAUACCUUUUAUUAAAAUUUUGAAAACUUUUUUAUCAUCAAGAUCACGAAUGUCUCUAUCAUCAGCAAAUGAACCUGUACUUCAAGCAAUUGUAGAAAAUCUUUUGCCAUUAAAGUAUUGUAUUCCAGAACUUUCAUUAGUAAUUAAUGAAUUAAAAUAUAUACCAUUAGUUGGACUUAUCAAUAGUAAUCAGAAAAAUAAUUUUGGUGCAAAUGAACUUGAAAAUCUAGAUAAAAUACUUGAAAAGGAAAAUGAAGAAUCUGUAUUAAAAAGAUCAUAUACAUAUUGGUCAAAGGAAGAAAAAAAAAUGAAUUUAACAACUAUAGAUGAAACAUUAAAUAAAGGGUUGAAUCAAUUAAAUUUAUAUAUGAAAAUAAUUUCAAAAGGAAAAGCUAUAAACUAUUCUAACUCAGGAGUAUUUGAUGAGCGUGUUAAAAUAACAAAAUCUAAACCUAAUAAGUUAAAGGGAUUUGUUAUAUUAGUAAUUGGUUUUCGUCACAUUUUAUGGAAAUCUGCCAAUGAACUAUAUAUAUAA